CUUCCUAUUUCCAAAUAUACACUCCACCUACCUUGUCCAGUCCGAAUCCCAAUCUCUCUCAUUUCCGCUCAUUCUUUCUCUCAUUCUUUCUUGACGAAUCCAAUAUUUCUUUGACGUAGUUAAACUUUCCAUUUCUUACCCGAAUUGCUCGCAAUGUUUGCAUCAGCUCGCACCAACAUUCUGCUCCGCUCGCUGCAGCAGACUCCGCGCACACCAGUUUUGCGCGUGGCCACAAAGCCCAUACAGCGCCUAUACACGACUCCCACCGGCGGCAACAAGCCCAACCAGUUCACCAUGGGCCAAGGCAGCAAUAAUAAGAGCGGCGGCAGCGGCAAAAAGGGGUUUAUCUUUGGCAUGCACCCAUUCGCUAUCUUCGCCUCCAUGACGCUGCUGGGAUCCGGCUACAUGCUCAUAGUCAAGCCAUUCUUCGAAUGGAACGCAAUCCAAAAGGAACAGCGCGACAAGAAAAAGGCUGAAAUCGACAGCGCGUCUUACACCGAUGAGCAGAUUGCCAGUUUCCCGUUUGAGAAAAAAACUGUGGUAUUUGUUCUCGGCGGCCCCGGAUCCGGCAAGGGCACCAACUCUGCCAAGCUCGUUGAUGACUUUGGCUUUGUGCACUUAUCUGCCGGCGACCUGCUCCGCGAGGAGCAGAAGCGGCCUGUGUCGCAGUACGGCGAGCUCAUUGCGCAUUAUAUUCGUGAGGGCUUGAUUGUUCCCCACGUCAUCACCAUUGGUUUGCUGCGCAACGCCAUGAUGGACCAUCCCGAGAGCGACCGCUUUUUGAUUGACGGGUUCCCGCGCAACCUCGAGCAGGCCAAGGCCUUUGAGGACACUGUGUGCAAGGCUAAGAAGGUCUUGUACUUUGAAUGCCCCGAGACCACCUUGCUCGAGCGUCUGUUGGACCGUGGCAAGACCAGCGGCCGGUCGGAUGACAAUAUCGAGUCGAUCAAGAAGCGCUUCAGGACCUACGUGAAUGACAGUAAGCCGGUCAUUGAUGAGUUUGCCAAGCAGGGCAAGGUCAUUACUAUCUCUUGCCAGGGCACCAUGGAUGGCGUGUACAAGAACACGCAGGAUCAGAUGAACAAGUUCUUUAACGAGAUUGGGCAGGCACCCAAACCCAUCGCUGAGACCGCCGCCACGCCGUCCAAGAACUGAAAAUAAAGCUAAGACCCUCGCACAGCUGACAACACCACAAAGCUUUUUUUGAGUUGAUACACACAUUCAGGAAUAUGUUUCCGUUUACUAAUGAGUUGCACAAUGAGCGCAAAAGUCUAAAUAUACAAUUUUUAAGAGCGAGCA